AUGUCAAAAUCGUCAUCACCAUCAGCAUCAACACCAUCUACGCCGACAGCAUCCUCAUCCUCAUCAUUAUCAAAAGAAAAUUGGCCUCAAUCACUCAAAAAUUAUGUUGUUCGUUUUUUUAAUACGGUUUCAGAAGAAGAGCAAGAUGCUGCACAAGAGGAAUUGAAAAUAAUGGUCGCACGAUAUCAUGCGGAAGGAAGGUUGUUUGAUAUCGACUGGGACAAUAUGGAAAUCCCAAGGAAAUACCAUAGAAAAAAUCGACGAACAUCGGAAUCUCCAGAGCGAGGGACAGUGAAGGCAUCUGAACUUGCGCGGCGUGAAAAGCGUGCCCGACGUUUCGAGUCGGAAGCUCUUGCACAUAAAAAUGCCUCACGAAGCCAGUAUGUGUCGUAUGCUCUGCCGGUCAAUAAAGAUGUUAUUGAUUUUGACAAGCAUACGAUCGUUGGCACCUCGACAAAUCUGGAAAAGAGGUAUCUUCGUUUAACUGAGGCACCAGAUCCAUCAACAGUGCGUCCAUUGCACGUCCUUCGUGAAACUUUGGAAUUAUUGAAGAAGAAGUGGCAUAAUGAUGGAAACUAUGCAUAUAUCUGUGAUCAGUUCAAGUCAGUACGUCAAGAUUUAACGGUUCAACGGAUUAAAAAUGAAUUUACAGUGGCUGUGUAUGAAAUUCACGCCCGAAUUGCUUUAGAGAAAGGUGAUCUUGGAGAAUUCAAUCAGUGCCAAACACAACUGAAACAAUUAUAUGAGGAAAAUCUGCCUGGUAAUGUGAUGGAGUUUACAGCGUACAGGAUCCUAUACCAGCUCCAUACCCGUAACCCUUCAGAUAUCAUUGCUGUUAUGCGAUCAUUGACUCCUGCACAAAAGCAAGAUCCUGCAGUAAAGCAUGCUCUUGAAGUUCGUACAGCGUUAUCAUCAUCCAAUUACCAUGCUUUCUUCAAGUUAUACCGGACUGCGCCGAAUAUGGGACCUUUCCUCAUCGACCAAUUUGUCGACAGGGAGAGGGUUCAAGCCAUGGCGCGGAUUGCAGUAGCAUAUCGACCAGGUGUACAGUUAGAUUUUUUGACAUCAACUUUGGGAUAUGAUACAGCAGAAGAAUGCUUAGAGUUCUUGAAAUCUAUUCGUGUCAAUCAUUUGUUGACGAAGAAGGAAGCAGAUUCAACAACGGGCAAGGGAAGUUACUUGUAUCUGGAUACCAAGAGCGCUAUUCCCUAUUUAAACGAAGCCAAAAAGAGAUAUCAGACUGUUGAUCUCAAGGGACAAAUCUAA